AUGCCUUCUCUUGAUUCAAUUCAUGAUCAUGUUCAUCAUUCGUUGGAGACAAAUGAAACAAUUUCUAUGACAAAUGAAACACGAUUAGAAAAAGUCGGUCCAUCAUUAGAUCUUAUUGAUUCACAUCCACAUUCACAUUCACAUAAUGAUAAUAAGUCAUCUAUUAUUGAAGCUGCAAAACGUUUAUUAAUACAACCAUCAAUUGAUUUUCUUGAUGCACAAUUGCAUGGUGGUAAUAAACAUAGUCAUAAUAAAAAUGAAACUGAUAAAGAAGCAGCUGAUUUAAAUGAUUAUUAUCGUUGGUUAAAAGAACAAAAUGAAACAAAUCAAUUAAAUCGUUUUUUAUUAUUACAAAAAGAAGUUAAUAAAUUUAAUUUUAUUGAUACACAAAAUUUACAUGAUAAACUUAAUCGAACAAUUCAAGAAUUACAAUCAACUGUUAAAACAAUAAAACGAUCAAAGCAUGACUUAUAG